UCUUUCGAAUCUCACCCACAUAGAGUCUUUGUACCUUGAAGAUAACUCCCUGAAUGGAUCAAUACCAUCAUGGAUAUUCUCCCAAAUUCCAUCAAUAAGGAGUCUAGACUUGAGUAAUAACCACUUUUCUGGCCAGCUUGAGGAUUUCAAGUACAAUACACUAGUCUGGAUUUACUUAUAAGGGAAUCCGCUGCAAGGCCAUCUUCCCAAGUCAAUUCAAAAACUAGUGAACCUAACAAGGCUUGAUCUUUCAUCAAAUAAUUUUAGUGGCAAUAUAGAUGUCAGCUUGUUUUCAGACCUUAAAUAUCUUACGGAUCUUGAUCUUUCAUAUAAUCGUAUCUCAUUGACCAAUGAGAACAUAGUUAAAUUUACUUUGCCCGAAUAUCUCGAUACCUUACAGUUAGUUGCAUGUGAAGUGUAAGAAUUAGAAUUUUUGAGUUCCGCAAAGAAACUUGAGGUGUUGGAUCUUUCAUAUAAUAAGCUUCAAGGAAGGAUUCCUAAUUGGGCAUGGUCUAACUGGAUGUUUUCAUUGAGAAAUUUUAAUAUAUCCCACAAUAUGUUGACGAGUUUGGAUUCAAUUUCUAUUUCUGAUUGAUUUGCGAUCCAAUUUGCUUCAAGGUUCAAUACAUAUUCUGCCAAAUUCCACGUUAUACUUCUUCAUAUCUGAACAUAAUCUAAGUGGGAAGAUACCUUUGUCUAUUUGCAAUUUGAUGUCAUUGCAAAUUCUAGAUUUGACCAGAAACAAUUUGCGCAGAGAAAUUCUGCAAUGUUUGGGCAAUAUCACUGCUCUUGAGAUUUUGGAUAUGCGUCGCAACAAUCAUUCGGGGGCUCUUCCAACAACUUUCAGCAUUGAAAGUUCACUUAGAAACUUCAACUUGCAUAGUAAUAAAUUACAGGGGAGAAUCCCCUGGCCCGAUCUUUGGCCAAUUGCAAAAGGUUGUAAGUUCUUGAUUUAGGAGAUAAUCACCUCAACGACAUAUUCCUCAUGUGGUGGAACUCUGCCAAAGCUACAAGUUUAAGUUUGAGAUCCAAUAAAUUGCAUGGACCCAUCAGAAUUUCAAUGAUUAAAAACAUAUUUCCUCAUCUUUGAAUGUUAGAUCUCUCUUCCAAUGCCUUCAUAGGAAACUUCCUAGUGUGGCUCUUGAAAGCCAUGAGGACAAUUGAUCACACAAUGAAGGCACCAAUUGAUGAAGGAGAUGGAUAUUACCAAGACUCGGUAGCUAUCGUAACAAAGGGAUUGGAGCUUGAAGUUGUGAGAAUCUUGUUUCUGUACACCACUAUCGAUCUUUCAAACAAAAAAUUUGAAGGACAUAUUCCUAGUGUUUUGGGAGAUCUCAUUGCACUUCGGGUGCUGAAUUUGUCUCAUAAUGGAUUGCGAGGUCAUAUACCAUCAUCACUUGGAAAUUUAUCUGUAGUCAAAUCCUUGGACCUUUCUUGUAACCAUCUUUUGGGAGAGAUACCACAACAACUCGCUUCUCUUACAUAUCUCGAAUUCUCAAAUCUCUUCCACAAUCAUCUCAAAGGGUGCAUUCCUCAAGGGAAUCAAUUGCAUACCUUUGAGAACAAUUCAUAUGAAGGUAAUGAUGGAUUACAUGGAUUCCCAGUUUCUUGCAACGAUCAUGUAUCAGAGACAAAUUAUACCGUAUUUGCAUUAGACAAUCAAGACAACAAUUCUGAAUUUCUAAAUGAUUUUCGGAAAGCUGCUCUUAUGGGCUAUAGUAGUGGACUAUGUAGUGGGUUAUCCAUAGUAUAUUUCAUGAUUUCAACUGGAAAUCCAAAAUGGCUUGCAAGAAUCAUUGUGGAACUGGAACACAAAAUUACUAUGCGAAGGAGAAAGAAGUUGCGAUGUCAAAGGAAUCACAGAAGAAGAAAUAAUCCAUUGUAGACAAGUUAUUAAUUGAGCAAGAUUUGAUUUCAGAACUUUAGGUAUUCAAGUUAAUCACUAUGUUGAUCUU